UCAAUUGGCUGCAGGAGAGGAUCGAGGAUCGCAUCGCAAAUGGGGAAUACAGUUGCAGUUGGCCAGCCACGAAAGGAAUUGGGUUAUGACCUCGAAUGCGUGUCGCCACGGGCAAUGCCACAAAGCAGCUUCUAGUCACUAGGAAACUGGGCUCGUGAUUGAGCCGUUUGGGUUCAAUGCGGCUUUAAAAUAUAGCCAGUUUCUUUAACAUUUUUCAGGCUUUUGAAGAAUGUACAUAUAUUUUGCUAGAAAAUUUGAAUGCCGUUGGAAAAAACGUGAAAAUGAAAAAAGGAAAAUGUGAUUUUCUUUGCCCCAACUUUCAGUUUUUGUGUCAACUAUUCAAUGCCAACAAAUCACAAAUAUUGUUGCUUCGAAAUGGAGAAGUGUGAACGGUCUGCCAAGAUGUUUCUUAAAAAAAUCUUUAAAAGGCUCAAUGAAAAAAUUAGAAAAAAAAGUUCUUACAAAUUCUAUCGAAAUCCUACUUUUUUCAAGAAUUUCCAAAUUCCCUUUGGCUGAGUACCAGUUUUUUGAAAUUCUUGGGCCUUAAGCAGCACCAUGGCGGAUCCGCGAUCAGUCCGUUCGUCACAGCGCGAGUGGUGUGAACGGAACUCGAAGCCCAAGCCUCCGUUCUACACUCCAUUCACGAGACCGAAUCCGACUCGCUGGCAAAAACCAGGACCCAUGGGUCGGGAUGACUGGGCCAACUUCCACAAGCAGUAUCAGGGUAGCUCGAGGAUAGAAAUGGCACGACAGCAAGCUGGUGGCCGGGUAAACUCCAAUAGGACAGUAUACAAAAAAGCCUCGGAACCACCAGCAAGAGGAAACGAUUCAUGCAAUGUCUUUGAACGCCUGAGCCAACCUAGGUGGCAGCGCAAGAAACACGUUCCUCCAAAAAAAGAGGUAUUUCCAUACCGCCCGCAUAUCAUGGGACGUCAUCCUCCACAGCCGGAAAAGGGCAGACCCGUGAGGAAACCAAAAGUGCCCUGCUGUUUCCAGCACAAGGAUCUAGAGAUCGAGUUCUGGUCAAAUAUCCGUUUUCCCAUUUCACGGAAGGCCCUCUUAGCCGUGCCUAGACAGUCGAUACUUGCGCUGUCCAAGCCGAGGGAGUAUCCGCCACCUCAGCAUUGUCCCAUUCCCCUCAGACCGGAUGAUAUGUUCGUGCCCCGUCGCAACAAAAUGACGGCCCAUCAGUGGCGACUCCAUCGGCAGCGCCUGGAGUUCCUAGCCAAGCCAAAUGCACGGGUUUUGGCUGCCCUGGGGGGCUGCCAUUGCACCAAAAUCUAAUUGUGGCACAAAUUAUUCUCACAGAGCUACAGAACCACUAACUAAGCUGGAUGGUAACCCUUCCUAUCUAGGUUAGUUAUUGGAACUGUAGUCUGGUGUUAAUAAUUUGACCAUAAACAUGACUCUGAUUAGACUCAAGAAAUUCUG